CCCUCAGAGCCGAGGGUAGGGGGGAGAAGCUCCGGGUGCCGCCUCCUCAGGGCGGGAGCGGGCGGGGCCGGCGGCCGCGCGUCACUUCCCGCGGCCGGAAGGUUCCAGAGGUUCCGCGGGGAGCCGCCAUGGCCGUGGCGCGGGAGGAGUUGCAGAAAGAUUUGGAAGAGGUUAAAGAGCUGCUCACGAGUGCCACUAGGAAGCGGGUGCGUGAUGUCCUUCUGGCAGAGAAACAAAAGCUGGAGCUGGAAAUCAAGAAUCAGCCUCCACCGAAGCCAAAAGAUGUGGCAGAUGAAGAAAAGUCAUCGCUGGGAGGGUACACAGUGAAAAUAAACAAUUACGGAUGGGAUCAGUCAGAUAAGUUUGUUAAGAUUUACAUCUCUUUAAAUGGUGUCCAGAAGCUUCCAGCUGAGAAUGUGCAGGUGAAUUUCACAGAGAGGUCAUUUGAUCUGCUGGUGAAGAAUCUGAAUGGGAAGAACUACACCAUGACCUUCAACAACCUCCUGAAGCCCAUCUCUGUGGAAGGCAGCUCUAGAAAGAUAAAGACAGACAUGAUCCUUGUCAUGUGUAAGAAGAAGCGGGAGGAAAAAUGGGAUUGUCUCACUCAAGUGGAAAAAGAAAGCAAAGAGAAAGAGAAGGCUGCCUAUGACACUGCAGAUCCUAGUGAAGGGCUUAUGAACAUUUUGAAAAAGAUGUAUGCGGAAGGGGACGAUGAGAUGAAGCGCACCAUCAAUAAGGCCUGGGUUGAAAGCAGAGAAAAGCAGUACAAAGGGGACAUACCCAUGGAUAUCUGAAAGCACUCUAAGGGCCGCCUUAAAACUGAUCUUCCGUGUGAGACACGCUGUGCUGCAAAGAUCAUCGUUUACAUAACCUUCUUCCAAGCAAAGACAGUCAUUUUCCAUUUCAGGUUGGAGAAAAUAUUUAAAUAAAAUAGCUUCUAAAGCAUUUCUGUCA